UUUAGAGCCCUCUGAUCACGCGUGUACCAUGAGAGGGGCAGGAUCACUCCCGCAGAGGGGCAGGAUCGUGUUUUAUAUCAAUUUAAUGAGUACGAACCUAUGGCUUGAUCUGGCUUGUUCAUCGCAUGCCAAGCGUGCGCCAGAUCCAAAGGAGGGCGAAGAUGAUCACGAGGCAUCUCAAUUGCAAGGGUUACAAGGGACCACAAGACUUCAUAGUAUUCUUGAAUGAAUCCACGGUUUACAAAUCCUAGGCUAAUGGAAGCGAACUAAUCAGCCUCGGAAACAGAGAUUAAGGAUUAGCUGAGCUAGUCGUGAGCGUUGCAGUAUGGAUCGGGAUUAGGCAACCGUGAGGCCAGGACGGACUAGCCCAAAUUGGACACCGCAGGCCAAUAUCAAUACAUGAUGUAUGCAACUUUGUGGUAUUCUACUCAUUUUAUCCGGCUGCUACCUGUUUACCGACAACAAGCGCAUAUUGCUGUCCAGACUAAUAGCCGCUCCCAGCGAUCGUCUGAACGCAUUACCACAACCAUUGCUCUACUACAUAGCUCUAGGACUGGCAAUUGCAGGAUUUGUAGCGGUGCUGGCAUCCGUCGUGGGCUUUUGGGCCAGUUGCCUGCAUACCUAUUGCUUUCUCAGUAUCUACUUUUUGAGCGUCGUGGUCUUACUCCUGACCGAGUCCGUAAUAUGCCUGGCCAUUACUCUCUGGCCGCACUGCUUGGGCAUUAGCCUAGAUGAGAGUCAAAUGGUAAAAUCUUUGCAGACCUAUUACGGUGUACCGGGACAGGAGCAGUUCACCAAUGCCAUGGACUUGGCACAGACUCGCUUUGGCUGCUGCGGAAUGAAAAGUUCGUUGGACUACGACACAUCGUUGUGGCGUCUGCAAAGCUAUGGGCAAACCAAUUGGCCUGUUCCAUUAAGUUGCUGUGUACUGGAAAAUGCACCACAGCCAUUGGCGUAUCUGGAUCCGAAGCCAGCAAAUGAGUCUCAGUGUCAGUCCCUGGAGCAUUUAUCCUAUGAGAGGGAGCGCUAUACGGAAUCAUGUCUGCUCCAUCUAGACAUCUGGUAUCGGGAGCAGUAUAGUGUUUUCCUUGGCGCCAGUCUACUAAUGGCUGUUGUUGAGUUCUGUGUCCUGCUCGCCAUUAUAAUGAGCUGCACGGGCCUUGCCUCCCAAAAGGCCAGGCUUGAAAAUAUUCAAAACUUGACAGUUCAAAAGCGCAGACGGCUUACAGCGCUGUCACAUCGUGGUCUUGUGGAGAACAUAUAUGAACCGGAGGUGGAACUCAGAGUAAACUCUGGUCACAGUACGAACGGCAUAUGCCUGGGAGGACCUAGCAGACACGUAAGCAGCGAGGAUUUCACGGAGUUGUAUCUAAAGCCCAGCGAUCUGCACACGCACCGCAACAAUGCAUCCUUUGAACCAAAUUCUGCCAACUUCCAUGCGCAGACAAGAAAUUAUUUGGUUUAACCUAUGAAACUCUAAGCUGAUUGAAGGUUGUGAAACUCAACGCAAUGCGAAGCUACGACGACAUUUGGAGCCACCUUAUAUACAUAUGUGCAUACAGGAAAUUAACACAAUGUAUACUACUAAUUUUAUUUUGUUUGCAAAUUUGUGCAAAUUUAACAAAAUAUCUCAAAAAUUUUAAAGAAUUAUUUUAA